UUUUUGACCCUGAUCAUCCUGUCCUCCCAAAAAAAAAAAAAAGAUGCUGCCUUUUAAAAUGUUAUAUAAGCAUUAAAUUGAAGAGGCAAGGACUUAUUUAAAAGUUCACUUGUUAGUACCUAAAAGACAAAUUUUAUAAUUUGAAUUGUCGGAAUAGAGUUAAUACUGGUUCUUUGGAAUUUUAGUUAUUUGGUGUGACUAGGUAGGUAACACUUAGAAUUGAAUGCUAAUUUGCAUACAGGGAGGAGGAAUUACAGGAAGAGAUUAUGAUUUAUAGGUGAAGGACACAAACUUUUCUCUCGAGUCCAACUUGUUUUAAUCCUUUUAUCUCCACAGCACCUUCCUAACGCUUUGCAGUUUGACCUUUUCUGGUGGCCUUUUAAUAACUUCUGCGUUCACAGUGUAGUGCUUACUUGUCUUGGGCUCGUCCUGUUCCUUUCACUUCUUACUGAAAAAAGGAACUAAUACACCACCUAGAUAAAAUUGGUGAGAACUGUUUUCUCUCCUUCACUCUGAAAAAUCUUUAGCUUCAGCUAGAGUCCCCCUCCCACAAGGUAAUAGGGGUGGAAGGAGGAGGGAGUGAGGUUUUGCCUUUGCCUUUACUUUUAAGGUGGAGUUGGAUUUGCAUUCUCUUUGUAAUCCUCCAUUUUCGGCUGGAGGAACUUUAGGGAAGAAUGGGAGCCCCCAUUUCUCUUCCAGGGGACUUUUUGAAAGAGGGAAUUUGAAAUAAGGCUUUAUCAUCAAGUCACUUUCGAACUGAUGGAAUAAUUAAGGCAUGUAAUGGCCUGGCAAUGACUAAGCCCCUCUAUCUCCUCAUUCCCCUUUUAACAACAUUGAUUAUAAAAUGGUAUGUUUCUGCCACAGCAGGGUUGCCAUUACCCAACCCCCCCGAGCACUCUUAAUUGUGAGAUGCUUGAUUAGGGCCUCAGGGGUCCCCAAAGAUGUGCUGUUUUCCCCCUUUACAAAAUUACAUUCUUUUCUCGCAGUUGUCACAGACAUGAUACUGGUUGAUAAGAAGUUUGGAGUAGUAUUAAUGACUCUUGACUGCGUAAAACAUACUCCUUUAAAAAAGGGUCUUUUAUCUGACUUUCUUCUGAAAGUAGAUUAUUGGACCUUUCUUGUGUUAGAUGAAGCUUACUUUCCAUUGGCUCAAAAAAUUUUCACUUCUGAAUUGUUCCAUCCCGUGUAUGUGUAUGCCAGGAAGGCCUGUAUGUAAUGAUUUUUUAAGCUUGCUGGCUAUGCCUUGUUUUAAAUGGUUCAUUCCUAAUUUCCUAUUUCAAUUUAAUUCCAUAGCAGUAUCUUUAAUAAAUAAAUUGGAAAGAUGAAGCCAAAUUAACUGAGCAGUGACUGUGUUUUCAAGCUUUAGACUUAUACAGUAGAAAUGAAAAAUAUGAGGCACUCAGUUGCAGUUUCCAAAGUGAAUGUAAUGAGAUCUUAAGUUAAAUUACUACAAUUGGAACAUAUACAGUAGUUUUCAGAUUACUGAGGAAUUGAAAAACACCUGGAAGGUGUAUAGUGAAUAGCUAUAGAUCUCAAAUUAAAGGAAUUCCAGUCGUAUUAAAUACUCUGAGCAGUGUAGGGUUAGUUAUAGCAUGUAAAUUAAGUAUAUUGGUGACAAUAGGGGAGUCUUGAUUUCCACACCUCAUCUCUUGAUUUUGGAGGGAGGAGUUUAAAUGCACGUGGAAGAAAGAAUAUCUUACACAAAGACAGCAGGCAAUUUCUUCAGUUCAGGUGGGGGAGCCCUCAUCAUUGACUAUAACUUCAUGGCCUCAUUUUGGGGGCAGGACAGAAAGUUUUCCAAAAUGCUGGCUUUUAGGAAACAAGGCGGUCUGGAUUCUUUUUCUCCAACCAGUCAUAUAUUUGCAGUGGUAUCUGGGCCAGAGGUUUUUGAAUUUAGCCCAUGAGGGCAGAUAGAAAUCUGCCUUUAAGGAAGUGGGAGAGUAGGGACCACUCUUACCUCAAGUCUGCAGCUCAAGACAAGCCAGCUCAAUGCUUGUACCAAUCUAGCUUCCAGAUAAAUCAAGGGGAAGCCCCCAUUCUCCAGCUGCCACCACAAAGUGCUCUUCUGUUCAACACUGGGAUGGUCGUUAAAGAACUUUACAUUUGAACAUUUGUUGAGGAACUCUUCUAAACAUCCCCAUUACUUCCUGCCCAGGGCAACAACAUAACUUGAGUUACUGGAAAUUUGGGGCCAGUUUGGUAAUUUUAUGAUAAAGUUGAGAAAUAAAAUUACUAAGCCUGUAAAGACAGCUGAGUGAGUUGUAUGAGAGCAGUAGUCUGAGCCCUUAGCCUUUGGUCUUAAUCUGUGCUAAAGUUACUUUUAGCCCUACAUACUCCUCCCCGCUACCUCAGAAGAGCUCUCCUGGAGUCAGAUGUUUGUUUUUUUUAAUAGGUUCGUGUGCUGUUUUGUGGAUUGCUGUUCAUUGGUUUCUACUGUGCCUGGAGACCUUUUUGAAUUUAAAAUAGCUCCAUGGCCUGGAAAUAGAGUCCUGAUAGGUUUUGUUCUUGGAUCGGUAUUAGGAGAAAUACUUUUCAUUUCUUCUACCUGUAUCAAAUCAGGAUAACUUCACAACAGUUCAUUUAUAACAGAAGGGGGAUUUUGAAUAUGUGGAUAAGUUUGUCAGGCCGGUUCCAUAAAUUACUCAACAGGGAUUGUAUUCAUUAGUUUUAGUUUGAAACUCUUUUUUUUCUUAAAGGAAACUCGUUUUUCUUAAUUUUGAGAGCAAACAGGUGACAUGAAAGAGCCUGGAUACAACUUAGUUUUCAUUUAACAAGAGAUAGGGAGGGGUGGGUAUAGUUGUUUACUUUAUUUAAUUGUGGUAAACAUAUAUGUAACAAAGCAGUUGACAUAUCAGCAGUCUUUACCUUACCCUCGUCUGUUCCUAAAUUAUACCCCCAUGCGGCGGGGGAGGGGGUAUAUUUAAAUAGUUCUGAAGAAAGAUCUCAUGCCUUAAAAGGCAUUGCCUAUGUUUGUAUUCAAUCUGAGGUUAGUUAAAUUGGAUAUAAUUAAGAAGGCUCAUUGUUUGGCCUUCUGGACAAAGUGGUGUAGAAAUGUAGUGGUGUAUUGAAUAUAAUUAUUUGCAUAGUUUUGUGUAUAUAUGUGUGUGUGUGUAUAUAUAUAUAUAUAUAUACUCGGUGUUUUCUUUGUAGAGAGUUAAAAAGGACAAGUAAAGUUAGAACAGUUUAUUUUUUAAUUCGACUAAAGUAUCUGUCUGUACAGUUAAUCCUGUCUAAAAUCUUUUCAAAAUAUUUAAUGUUGGACUGGUUGGUAGAAGUAAUAGUAGAAACUCAACUGAUAGCAAUGCUUUAACUUGUUUAAAACUUUUUUUUCCUUUAUCUGCUUCUCUUAUAGUUCUCUUUUUCAGGUCAAUCUGGAGUUUUUAAAAGCCAGUUUAUAUUCCACAGUACCUGUUCAUAUUAAUAUUGAAACUAAAACUAAUAUAUGGUGCUUUUAGUUUAUUUAAGGUCAUAUCCUUUAUCUGACUUUAACUGAUUUGGAAUGAAUCAGGCAGAGUUUUUUUAAAAUAGUACUUUGAUCUCUAAUCCUAUUUAGAACUGAAGUAUUUAUAUACAAAUUCAAGAAAAUAAAGACUGUGUCCUAUAGGUUCUUCCAGAGUUUGUCUUGGAAUAGCCUGAUAGCAUAGCUUGUAAUGUUGAAUAUAAAAUGUGAAUAUUUUAAUCUUUUUCUUUCACUUUUAAGCAUUUUUCCAUAGCUAUAUUAGGAAAGUUGGAUUGGCCAUUUAGCUCAUGGGUUAUGACCUUGGUCAUUUCCUUGAAAUAGUGUUGAAGGAUUUAAAGUUACAGGUUUUGAUUGCUAUUGUAGAUUACCGUGUAGAGUUUUCUCCACUUGUCAGGUUAAGGGGAAAAAAAUAGUAUGUAUAAAAUAUAGAGACAACUUGUAGGAAAAAGUGUAAAUUUCCUAACUAGAUCUUGGAGAUAAUUUUGUAGUUUUAAGGAUCCAAAUGAACUGGCCGGAGAGUAGCAGUUCUGUUUAGGUUGAAUGUCUUAAUGAUCAUUUAAUGUUUAGUGAUCAUUUAUUUGGACUCUUGGGAAAAAUUGUAGGAAUACUGUAAAUUAAUUGGCUAUCAACAGAAUUUUUAUGUGAUUUUGGCAGUUUGUGAGGACUUUGCUUUAUUGCUCCAUACUGUGGUAGAUAAAUAUUCCGUAUCAAGAAAUGUGAGAUCACCUGCGGAGUUGAUGCGCUAUCUCUGAGGGUUAACAGUUUGAGUACAUCUGUACGUAAACAGCAGUAUUUCCCAAAACUGCAGUUGUCGGCAAGGUGGCAGUUGUCUCUACUUUUGUGUGCCUGCCCAGAUUAUUGUGCUUUUCAUUAAGCAUCUUAGAGCGUGUAUUAUUUGCUGAUUUCAAGAUCUACAGGCAGUGGUAGAAUUCACAGUAGCUUUAGUUACAGACCAGCGUCUUUAUUUUUAAACAGAAGAACUAAUCUAAAGAACAUCAGGCUUAGAGCAAUAUGGUUCCACUGGAUUUUAAAGAUUAUGUACAGUAUAAAUUACACCCUAGUAUUCUCUUCAGACACAUGGUUAUAUUGAGCAGCUACUUGCCUGAGGUUCCCUUGAGUCUGUACGGCUGAAGGUUAAGUGCUGUUAUUUACCUAAGUAGAGGUUUAAGUUGUUUUUUUUUUUAAUACUGGAAAACCCUUUGGGGAAGUACCUCACAAUCAGCUUAGUCCGUGUGUUCAAAGUACUCGCUUUCCUGCAAACUGAAAGCAUUUAGUUUUUAGUGUGGGAUUAUAAUCUCGUUCUUUUCCUCUCUCCAGUUCUUUGUCAAGAAAGACAAUUGAGUUUAUCAGCAGCACCAUCAGUCCCUGCUGGCUUCUGUGUGCUGCACAUGUGGCAGGCUGGCGGAUUCUGGGAAGGCCCUAUAUGUGCACUGUCACACACUUCGUUUAUUGGCAUGGUGAUUUGUUAUUUGACAGUCAUUAGAUUGCACUUUCUAUUUUCACAAAUUCUCAUAUUAUUCAAGUCCUUUAUUAGUACAACCCUCUACUGAUUUUUGAUCAGUUAGCAAAUUGGUUUUAAGUAAUAUAGAUAUGGUUUAAAGUAUUAUUCCUUGCUUUAGAGUCGAAGGAAGUGUUUACCUACAUCAUGGUUUCAAAAUCAAGAGCCGUGUGCCCAGCUUAGCGUGCCCAGCAUGUAUGUUUUGGUGGGUCAGGGGUAAGGGAGAGGACUUCGAAAUCCAGGGGGCGCAGUUUUGCUUGCGAUCAUCAACUUUAUGGUUUUGGAAAUCCCGUGUCUCAAGGUUGCUGGGACUGAUUUCUUGCUCAACUGAGUCACUCAUUCAGUGGAGACCAAGAGAACUCAUGCUUUGUGCUGAUUCAUAAUUCAAGCAAAGCACUCGGGGGCCUGUAUGCCUUGUUUGUGGAAAGACCCGGUGACAUUCUUUAUCACCAAGCUUCUGAAAACUUCAGAAGAUAAGAAGUUAGAGGAAUAUAUACUUUCUUUUGAACUUUUAUAAUAAAUAUUUGCCCUAGUUUUGAAGCCCCAGGCUGUUGGAGGUGUGAGUGACAAGUCUUACAAGUGGCCUUAUUCCAACUCCAGAAAUUCUCUGGCGGAACUUUGAGAUUCUGAUUUUAUAUACAAUCCUACAGUGACAGGAAACAUGCCAACUCAGUCCCUCUUAGUGUACAUGGACGGACCUGAAGUUAUUGGCAAUUCCCUGGGAGCCCAAAUGGAGAUGGAUGAUGGCAUGUCCAUAAAAGGGACCACCGCUGUUCCGUUCAGAGCAACGCAAGAAAAAAAUAUAAUCCAAAUAGAAGGAUAUAUGCCUUUGGACUGCAUGUUUUGCAGUCAGACCUUUACACACUCAGAAGAUCUCAACAAACAUGUCUUAAUACAACAUCGGCCUAUACUUUGUGAGCCAGCGGUUCUGCGUGUCGAAGCUGAGUAUCUUAGUCCUCUUGAUAAAAGCCAAGUGAGAGCAGAACCCCCAAAGGACAAGAAUUGCCAAGAAGACGAAGACUUUAGCUGUGAAGUGUGUGGGCAGACAUUUAGGGUCGCUUUUGAUGUUGAGAUCCACAUGAAGAAACACAAGGACUCUUUCACUUAUGGAUGUAAUGUGUGUGGACGAAGAUUCAAGGAGCCAUGGUUUCUGAAAAAUCACAUGCGGACACAUACUGGCAAGUCCGGGGCUAGAAACAAACUCCAACAAGGCUUGGAAAGUCCAGUGACCAUCAAUGAGGUGGUCCAGGAGCACGCAGCCGAAAGCAUCUCAUCUCCCUACAAAAUCUGCAUGUUUUGCGGCUUCUUCUUUCCGGAUAAAGAAAGUCUAAUUGAGCACAGCAAAGUGCACACCAAAGAAACUGUUUCCAGUACCAGCGAGACACAGGCCGACUCUCGUCAAGAGGGAACGCUGUCCCCCAGGGAAGAGUUCCUGCAGUUUUUAAACUUAAGACCAAAAUCCCACCCAGAAAACGUCAAGAAGCCAGCAAAGUGGAUACCUCAGCUUGACCCAUUCAACACCUACCAGGCGUGGCAGUUGGCCACCAAAGGGAAGGUCGCCAUUGGCCGAGGAGAAGUUAAGGAACCAGGGCAAGAAGGCAGUACUGACAAUGACGAUUCGUGUUCAGAUAAAGAGGAGCUUGGAGAAAUUUGGAGCGCGAAUAAAAGCCAUUCAGAAGGUUCUGGGAAGUCCAAGACAAAUAAAAACAGUUGCACGGGCCUCUCACAAGAUAAAGAGAAGCCUCGACAUGCUAACGGGGAAGUGCCUUCUGUGGAUGCAGAUCCCAAAUUAGCCCAUAACAAAGAGAAGCCCACACAUUGCUCUGAAUGUGGCAAAGCUUUCAGAACCUACCACCAGCUGGUCUUACACUCAAGAGUACAUAAGAAGGACAGGCGGACGGAUGCAGAGUCGCCCACCAUGUCCGUCGAUGGAAGGCAGCCGAGGACGUGUUCCCCGGACCUCGCCACCCCUCUGGAUGAAAAUGGGGCGAUGGAUCGGGGAGAAGGCGGUUCUGAAGAUGGCUCUGAGGAUGGGCUUCCUGAAGGACUCCAUUUGGAUAAAAAUGAUGAUGGAGGAAAGAUGAAGCAUCUUACGUCUUCGAGAGAGUGUAGUUAUUGUGGAAAGUUUUUCCGUUCCAAUUAUUACCUCAAUAUUCAUCUCAGAACGCAUACAGGUGAAAAGCCGUACAAAUGUGAAUUCUGUGACUAUGCUGCAGCCCAGAAGACGUCUCUGCGGUAUCACCUGGAGAGACAUCACAAGGACAAGCAGAUGGAGGUGGCCACCGAAGUCAAGAACGACGGGAAGAGUCAGGACACGGAAGACGCGCUAUUAACCGCUGAGAGUGGGCAGACCAAAAAUUUGAAAAGAUUCUUUGACGGUGCCAAAGACGUUAAAGGCAGUCCGCCUGCAAAGCAACUGAAGGAGAUGCCUCCUGCCUUUCAGGACGCUCUAGGCAGCACGGUCCUCUCGCCAGUUCACAAAGAUUCUCAGGAUUUCCGUAAAAAUGCAACCGAUGACAGUGCUGACAAAAUGAGCAAAAAUCCAACCCCUGCUUACCUGGACGUGUUAAAAAAGAGAUCAGUGAUUGAACCUCAGGCAGACAGCCUCCUCUGUAAACCAGAAGUGGAUGCUGUUCCUCACUCAGACGGCAGCGCCACCCACAGCAUGGAAGUCAGCCACAGAGAGAAGACGGGAGAGGCUGCUGCUGACUGCAAACCCAAGCCCACCACGGACUGUCAGGAAAAGCCUUUAAAUCUGUCCCUGGGGGCCCUUCACAACUGCCCAGCAAUGUCUCUGAGCAAAAGUUUAAUCCCAAGUAUCACCUGCCCCUUUUGUACCUUCAAGACGUUUUACCCAGAAGUCCUAAUGAUGCACCAGAGGUUGGAGCAUAAGUACAACCCCGACACUCAUAAAAACUGUAGAAACAAGUCUCUGCUGAGGGCUAGACGCACUGGGUGCCCGCCAGCUUUACUCGGCAAGGACGUGCCUCCCUUGUCUAAUUUCCAUAAACCCAAGCCCAAGUGUGUCUUCCCUGCGCAGGCAAAGUCCCUGCCAUCCGAGAAGGUGAAGCAGUGCCCCCUGGGGCCAGGCAAAGCUCCGCUGACCUCGGGGACAGACUCCAGCACUUUAGUCCCCAGUAACCUGAAGUCCCACAGGCCGCCGCAGAGCACCGGAGGCCAAGGGGCUGCCCCCGCCAGACAGCAGCAGCCUGAGGUGUUUUCUAAAACCAGCGUUUCUCCGGCACCAGACAAAACAAAGAGACCUGAGACAAAGUUGAAACCUCACAUCAAUGGCUCCGUCGACUACCCUGCUAAGAGCGACAGCCCGUGGGCCACACAGGGAAGAGACUAUUUCUCCAGCCGGAGCGGCGCCGGCGCCAAUGCGGAAUUUGGCGAGCCGCUUCCCAAAAGACUGAAACCCAGUGUGGUAGCUCUUGAUGUUGAGCAGCCUGGGCCCAAUUACCAUAGGAGAAACUAUGACCUCCCCAAAUACCACGUGGUCCGAGGAAUCUCCAGCCUGUUGCCUCCGGAGUGCGUCUGCCCACCAUCAUCAGUGUUGUCCCCCAAACCGAGGUUCCUGGGUUCGAGUGAGGUCGAUUCGCCAAAUGCGCUGACUGUUCAGAAGCCCUAUGGCGGUUCUGGAUCGCUUUACCCUUCUUGUGGACCUGCUACUAGUCAGGCGUCGAGUGCAGCGUUAGAAGGAAAAAGGCCUGUGUCAUAUCAACACUUAUCCAGCAGCAUGCUACAAAAGAGAAACUAUGAGAAUUUUACUGGGAAUGCACAUUAUCGACCAAAUGACAAGAAAACUUGAUUUCUUAUUUUAGGGGAAAAAGGUCUUGAUGGAUGGAAGUGCGUACUCUUCUCUGAAUUAGAUUAGCUCAUCCUUUGAGAAGACGAAUGGUAAAAGCUACUGACAUAAGCUGUGAUUGUACUGUAUAUAUAAGGAACACUACAGUUUUGUAAAGUCGUUCUGUUAGCUUUUGUACCAAAUAGCAAUAAAAAUUAGAGUUGGAGCAGUUGAGUUGUAUACAAAUGGAGAUGGGAAAUCUCUAUUUUGUCCCUGAAUAAUAUUUUUUUUUAGAAUUGACCAAAUAGGAAGUGGUGUUUUUUUUUUUUUGCCUACUUGAGAGCGCUGCUGAAAAGAAAUUGUCUGGGAUGGGUGGGGAGGGGCAGACGGGGAGGGGAGAAAGUAUAUAAUGCUUGCACCUCAGGUAAAAAUCUGUAAAUACAUAAGUUGGAAAUCUGCUUGUUUAAUAAAUACUGUAUGUAUUUUUCCCUCUAAUGUAGCUCAUCACUUUGAGCAGUCUCUGCUAUUUGUGCUGUCAUUUAAAAUAUAUAUAUAUAUAUAUUUUUUAAAUUCUCAAUGAUUUGUGUGAUGUUAAAUCCUCCACAGUCUAUCGUUGUCUUAAUGGAAGUAUUGACCCUCUAUCAAUACGUGCUGCAUGCGUUGAGAUCAGCCAUUCCCCACUGGGUGCCCUCUCAUUGCAGGCUUCAGCAUGUCAGCUGGGAAAGAUGUCCCCUAGUUCGUGGCUGCUCCAUAGAUUGUCUGCAGCCACCGCGAUCCUUUACUGAGGGGGCGUGAUGGUGUGUGGGAUUUUCCAAUGCACGUGUUUACAGAGUAGCAUUUCCUCUGUGGAGCAGCCAGGUACUGAGUAAAUGUACAGGCCCUGUGUAAGGUUAUUGGAAAUUUGUUUUUCUAACAAAUUAAUCAUUUCUGUUGGAAAAUUCCAUUCUGGGGGCCUUUGCCUAAAUUGAUCUAUAGAAACGCUUGCUAAAUUAUACAUGUGAAUUGCAGAUGUUGAGAAGCAAUUUGGAAGGAAAUGAAAGUGUUUUGGUAAAUCUUAGGUUUGUGUGUCAAAGCCUUGGUGUGUCUGGCAUCUGGGUUAACUGUGGAUGUAUUGAAGUUAAUUGUAGACACAUUGAUUCUGAAUAAGGAACUGCUGGCUGAGCCUCCUGGGAAGGGAUGAUCUGUUUCCAGACCUCUGUUCUCUGCCUCUUCCCGUCCCACUCUGCCAUUCUCCUCCCUCUGGGUGAUUUUGAGGCAGCACCGUUUUUCUCAGCGCACACGCAACUUGGGUUUUAAAGGGAGACUAGUCACCAGGGGCUGACCGGGUAAUUUACACACUUGUUCCCUUAAAGUGCAGUCGCUGGCUGCAUCUAUUCAGCGGUCCAUGGCUUGAGCGAUCACAAACUCUUUUAUUGAGAAAUCAUCUCAAAAAUAAAUUUGCACUGUUAAUUUUUCUUGCCCUGCCCUUCUGCACAGAGCAAGAGUAUAAGACCUAAAAUAGCAAAACCUGGAAAGAAUCCUGACACUUAUUCAUUAUGCAACCUGAUGCGUCCUUGAUGUAAGUCUUAACUCCCCAUGUUCCAGGGGGACCUAAUGGGAGAUCAGCCCGCUGGCAUCGCAGUGAAGUGCUUUGUAUCAGGAAAGCGUACACUAUCGGUCUUUUUCCUGUUCACAAGCUGAGCCAUAUGUACAUAAUCUAGAUUUUGUUUUCAUAGUUUUGCACUUUUAUAGCCUAUUUUUGAAGAUGAACACAUUUGCAAGAUGAUCUUUGCCUAAUUCAAUGAGUGUUACAGAAAGCUCGCUGUAACUGUAAAUGUAAAUCUUAAAAGGGGGUAUGUGAUAAUAGAGGGCUGAAAUUUAAACCUGUAUUUAAAAAAAAAAAAAAAAUCACCAAAUCUAUUU